ACACGGCGGGUGGGAAUGCAGAGGACCGUGCUCACCGGAGGACGGACGACAAACUAAACAGAAAAAGCAGUUCUAAAGGAAUGAGUUUUCAAUCUAGAUUUAAAAGGCGAUAACGCUCCGGUGGCUCCCUAAUGUUGGAAGGAAGAGCGUUCCAGACGGCCGCAGAAGCGCGUCUGAAAGCGUGCGCGAUGCGACGACCGCUGUCUUUGUUCGAUGUGGCUGUUGUGGCUAAGCGCUUUGUGUGUAAUGAGUGCCACCUUAUAAUAAUGUAUUCGAUCAGCAAGUACAUUAAUAUUCCACAGACCUUGUCAAUCCGAUGAAGCCUACUGCGCAUGUGAAAUUAAGCGUCGUCCUUUACACUUAAACCUGUCAUCAAAACUACCUCUAAAAAGCAAACAUGCGGAUACGUCAGCUGUGCUUGCGCACAGCAAUUGCCCAAGCUCUGCUGUCCCCUAUAUAUCUAUUAAGAUGUGUUCAGCUAAAUCUGCUUGAAUGAGGUGACGCUCAGUCUGACGCCGAGCGAGACAAUUUCUCUCGAGGAUGGAGAACACUGUGCUGGGGAACACGGCUCGGGUACUUGUGGAUGCUUCCGACAACAGAAUCAUCAACACCACCCCGUUGUGCGCUGUUCCAUUUGAGCAAGAUUUUUCUGUUUGACAAACAAGUGGAAGGUUGCUCUGAGACAAUGUACGAAUCAACGACUGGAAUUUGCUGUUUCAUGUGCAGUGAAGGGCAGUACAAGAUGUUUGAUUGCUCUUCUAAUGAAGGGGAUUCAUUCUGCAGACAAUGUAGUAAUGGACACUACAUGGAUAAAGUCAACAAUGCGACAAAGUGCAACGAGUGCAGCCUCUGUGACGCCAACGAAGAAGUUGAUCAGCCGUGUAAUCUGAAACGCGACGCCAUAUGCCGCUGCAGGGAGGGUUACUACCGCCAUGAUAUUUCAAAUCGUUGUGAGGCAACUGGGCAUGCAUCUGCUGUCAUAAUUGUCCUAAUCAUCGUGGUUAUUAUUUUGGCAGUGAGUAUUUUAAUUUAUAUUCUUUUAAAGAGGAAAAGAUCUAGGUGGACCAGUGCACGUUACACAUCUGUUCAGAAUGAUGAUGAUCUUACACGUUACAAUGAAUACUUAAAAGACAAGACAGAGUACAUUGCAGACUACAACUUUGGAAAACAUAUACUCCUGGAAAACAGAUUCGUGUGUCCUUUGUUAUUCCCAAUUGAUCACGUUAGGUAUCUCAAGGAGCAUUAUUUUAUGUCCAGGCAAACGAAACACACCCACACAAUAGAAGACAAACCAACGCAUUAUAAACAAUUGUUUGACCCAAUUCUCGAGCUAACGCCUCGCCUAGUUGUGCUCACUGGUGAUCCCGGAAUUGGAAAAUCCACUCUUUGUCAAAAGAUUGUGUACGAUUUUGUUUCUGGAGAUUUGUUUCAUAACUCCUUUAAGCACGUGAUCUUCUUAAGAUUUAAAGAAAUAAAUAAUUGUACUGAUGAUAUUUCAUUCAGAGAACUUUUGGCAAAAAUUCAUUCAGGUAUCGAAACGUUUCCUGACCUCCCGACAGCAAGAGAUAUCAUUAUAGUAUUAGAUGGGCUAGAUGAGUUCAGAGAUCGUCUUGACUUUAACUUAUCCAGCAGUGAUCCAAAUAAAAAAAGUAAAGUGAGUGAAAUAAUUGCUGGUCUGAUAGAAGGAAAGUUGUUGAAAGGGGCUUCUAUUUUACUUACAACACGAAAGGUUUCGCUGGACCAAUUGUAUCUCGUUAAGGUCGACAAAUACGUUGAGAUUGUAGGAUUUCACAAAAAGGAAAUACAAGAAUACUUUGAAAAGAUGUUCCCACAAGAUAACAUAGAAAAUGAUAUCUAUGAGAGAGUACAACAAUGUGAUCGCUUGUUCAAUUUCUGUUACAUCCCUGCCUUCUGCUGGAUAAUAGCUUUAACAUUCAAGUCAUAUUUUAACAAGGACAACAUUUUUCUCAAACUAUUUAAGUCAAGCACCACAACUGAACUAUUAUCAAAGUUUCUUUUUUUGCUACUUAAUCAUCACACAGGAAAACAAACCGAUGUCAAUGAAUCCAUAUCAUCACUUGCUAAUAUAGCAUUUUGGGGAAUUGAAAAAUGCACUCAACAGUUUGAGAAGAAACAUUUGCAAGAAUUUAAUGUGAACCCACAAAAGCUGAACGGUACUUUUUUGAGUGAGAUAUUUAAAUCUGAAGACAUUUUAAUAAAAACAAAUUACGUAUUUUUUCACGAGUCAAUACAAGAGUUUUUUGCUGCAUUGACUUUUUACCUGCCGGACCCAAAAAUAACAAUUUCAGAGUUCAUUCAAAGAACGGAGUCAUGUGAUGAUGGACAUUACGAUGUGGUUAAAUUGUUUUUAUGUGGCUUGGCAUCCGAAAAAGCAUUGGAAAACCUUGGUGACUACAUUCAUACACCAGAUUUGACUCAUAAAAAAAUAUUAAUUGACUGGUUGAAAAAUGACAUCAGUCAGUACAAAUAUGACAAGAAAAAGAUCAUUCAUAUUUUGCAUUGUAUAUUUGAGUUACAAGACGAACAGGCCACACGUGAUAUUACAGGUGGCGUGGAAGAGAUUGACAUUUCAGAGGUGCAGAUUUCUUCAAUGGAUUGUGUUGCGCUCUCCGAUCUCUUGAGCAAUCGCAAGAGACCGAUAGACACACUCAAUCUGAGUAAAUGUGGCAUCGACUUUGGUGAACUAAAAAGACUGGUGCCUGCUGUAAAGAACUGCAAAAGAUUGAUACUCCUAGGCAACCCACUUGGUGAUGACAAUUUGAAGUUUCUGGCAGAAGAGAUGGAGGAAUGUGGAAAUCUGGAGGUGUUAGACUUGCAAUCUUGCCAACUGACAAAUGAAUCAAUCUCUGCUCUCCAGAAGAUCGUUAUGGCCAACAGUAAUGUAAAGACACUCAGGCUCUGCAAUAACGAAUUUGAUGCCACGUUCAGGAAUCUCUUUUUUCAAAUGGAGAUAAACAAGAAUGUGGACGUAAUAUUGAACGACAAUCCUCUCGAUCAAGCUAUCCAUAACGUCUAAUUGUGCAUCCUCCGAAGGGCCAGGGCCCUAAAACACCAACUAUUACAACAAACGCAUUACCUGGCAUUGAUGGGGAAUGGAGGGUGCCGGUUAUGAGUUAUACUUCUGGUUCAAAUUUUCCAAGUCCAUAAACCUUUUCAAGAAAUAAAUUAACGAAGACAUAAGCAAUAACUCUUUAGAGAUACUCAUUCAGGAUGGGCCAGAUAUUCAACAAGUUACAAUACAGCACAACGCGAUCACAAGUGUGGAUAGCGGAUGUUUGCAAGAGGCCGCCCACACCACCAUUCGGCAGCAUCCUGAAGCUUCCUUAAACAAUAGAUCUAUCGGGAAGGGAGCGGCCAGAUGGCUAUUGUAUAUUUUUCAGAAACGUAAAGUAAGAUUUGUCUUGGCAUCUGAGAGAUGCUGGUUAAGAGCAUUCUGGAUGUUACGGUGCCAGAUAAUAUUUUUGCUGUAUAUAUUAAAGGUAGUGUUAUUGACCGAGGUUUUUGUAACAGGUGACAGUAUAUUCUAUUAGCAGUAUAUCUAUUUAUUAUUUACCUUUUCUACGUAUUUACGGUAAAUGCGGAUAACAUGGACCAUAUCAAUGGUUUUAAAUAAUGAUUGGCUAGUGUAAUGCAGUAAUAAAGCAGUGCCUUUCAGCUGUGGCAGCAUCAAGACCUUAACAGCAGUGGUGAAAGGUAAUAAUUUUUCAUUAAUCUCCACAGCCAUUCUAAUCCAUUGCUGGACGAAUGCCAACCUACACCAACGGAUAUCAUCGCUCAGACUCCAGUGGUUAUCCUUUUAGGAGGAUUCUCCAUUAUCAACGUUGGCUAUGUACGGCGCGAAAUAAAGUUCAACAUGCCAAUCUGCCAAUGUCGCCCAUCAGACAUCACCCCCAAAUCAAGCUGCGCGUCAUGCCAAAACCCAUCCGUUUUGAGUUAACUUUAAAUGUUAAUCCAAUGUACAGAUGGUAUGCAUGUAUUUUUGCAUUGGAAUAAAUUGUUCGAUUUUA